GCUCAUUUCUUGCCAUCACUUUCGCACUCGUGAUUAUUCCCUUUCUACCAUCACACCGAAAUCUAGGGUUUCCAUGGACACCACCGGAAAGAUCAAGAAGGGCGCCGGAGGAAGGAAAGGCGGUGGCCCAAAGAAGAAGCCGGUGACAAGGUCCGUGAGGGCCGGUCUCCAGUUCCCGGUGGGUAGAAUUGGGCGUUACUUGAAGAAAGGAAGGUACGCGCAGCGCGUGGGUACCGGCGCUCCCGUUUACCUUGCUGCAGUUCUUGAAUACCUUGCUGCUGAGGUGCUUGAGUUGGCCGGGAAUGCUGCACGUGACAACAAGAAGAACAGGAUAAUCCCCAGGCACGUGCUUUUGGCUGUGAGGAACGAUGAGGAGUUGGGGAAAUUGCUUGCUGGUGUUACCAUUGCUCAUGGUGGUGUGCUUCCCAACAUCAACCCUGUGCUUUUGCCUAAGAAGACUGAGAAGGCUGCUAAGGAGCCUAAGUCUCCAUCCAAGGCAAAGAAGUCCCCCAAGAAGGCAUAAAAGGAUUAGUUUAUUGUCUUUUUACUUAGCCUGCACAAUGUACAUUUGUGUUUAGGUUUUUUUUAAUCCUUUUCCCAGUCACAUCCCUCAUAUGUUUUCUUUUUCUUUCUCUUUCUCAGUCGGUGUAAACACCAGGCCCUCCCCUCAGUAAUGAAUGAAUUUAUUUUUAUAAUAUUUAUAUAA